ACUUGCUGCUGCUUUAACUUCAAUGUUUCUCUUGGCCGUUUUUUUGCUGUUCUUGUAAAUCAACACAUUCAUUGAAAAAUAGUGGCUUCAUCGUUACUAAAUACAGACAGUUGUUGCUCAGUCUUCAGAUAAAUGAAUGCACAUUCAACUACUUUUUUUGCAAUUACAUUAUAAAACACAACAUCUGGCUAUGACCUGUACCUCCCUCAUUUCCAGUAACCUAGUACUCCUCCUUACGCAACAGAACAGCACGUCUGUCACUGCCAUCGAAAAAUCAAUAUUUGUAGCUAAAUUCAAAUUCUGGGGUAGACCUUUACUCACAUCAGAGUACACACAUGCUCUGACAUACCACACAAACAUGUUUAUCAUGGUGGAAUACCACCUGACUGAUGCUACAUUGCAGAAUUUGGAGUGUCCUGCCUUCGGUGUUUCAGCAUAAGUACUCAUACACUGCAUUCUGCAUAGCACUACAUAGCAAGAAGUAAUAUUUAGUACUGAUAAUGACACCUGGAGCACUAUGGAUUAUUACCAUGUCCGCAAUGUGCAUAGUCAUUCAAAGCGCAGUUACAGCAGUUCAUCUGAGGAACAUGGAGAACUUCAUCAAUGCUGUGACACAUUUAGAAGAUUUAAACCCAAGACUAAGUCCGCUGGCUUUAAUGAAGAGUCUACACAAGAUUGCAGACCAAAGUGACAAUAUCACAUAUGAUUUUCUGGGAUCAUCUGACAACAGAGAUGAAAUUCACUACAAAAACAACAGCUUUACAGAGCUCCUCAAUAUAAACCACAAUCUCUCCAAUUUCUUCAACCAAGCCAUUCAUCAUUUCAUAACAGAUGAUCACAAAGAGAGGGGAGUUGUUCUGACUCCUGAUGGCACGACGAUUGCCCUUGCUCCCCUCCUUUUAGGUCUUGAAUCUGGGCUACGAGCUAAAGAAUACAGUAACCAGCCUCACGGUUUCUUCCUACUCCCACUGGCCAGGAACUUAGGCUUGUCAUUUCUGCAGUUUCGGAAUACAACUCCACCUGAGCAACUUGGGCCGGAUGGUUGUUGGGACAGUGUAUCUGCACCUAUGGUUUUUACUCUUUCAGGCGUGCCAUCAUUGGUCACUGAUGCUCUGGUCCAUGGUGGAAUGGACGGAGCCAUACUUGGGAAGCACCUUUCUGUUGUUAACAGCACUGAAAUAAACUUAAGCACACUACUGAGGAGCUACUACUCAGCGACUAUGGAAGAGUUGGAUCAUGUCUCAGAUAUUCUUCUGAGAGGUCGCUAUCGCAGACAUAAUUUUAAAAAGAUCACAAAUUCAUCACUGCUUCAAGAGAAGGUAGCACAUGCACUAGAUACUCAUCAACAACAUGGGGACAUUGGGAUGGAAAGUCUUAUAGAAAAGGGAAUUAAAGAGUUUGUGCUACGUUACAUGGAGUGUCCUGCCAUCAUUCCUAGAUGUAUAUGGGGAGCAGCGCCGCCCAGGGUUCCUCUCACCCCUCUGUCUCCACCCCUGCAGUAUCUGUAUAUUCACCACACAUAUAUUCCCAGCAAACCCUGUCUAAACCUUCAGACGUGUUCCGCAAAUAUGAGGGCAAUGCAACAUUUCCACCAGAAGGAACGGGGUUGGUACGACUUAGGCUACAGCUUUGUGGUUGGGUCUGAUGGUUUCAUCUACGAAGGUCGAGGUUGGACGUGGGCAGGAGCUCAUACUAAGGGGCGUAAUACUGUUGGGUAUGGUGUUGCUUUCAUUGGGAGCUACAGCACUCAUUUACCCUACCGUUAUGAUAUGGAGCUUGUGCACCAUCAUCUGGUCAAAUGUGGAGUGAGCAAAGGAUUCCUCCAGGAGAAUUACACCAUUCUGGGACAUAGACAAGUAGUAGCCACUGACUGCCCAGGAGAUUCCCUGUAUUCUGAGAUAACCACCUGGGAACACUAUAAAGAUACGGAUCCUUUAAAGUAACAGUGUGGACAUCUGCUGUCACUGACAUGAAAUGACUCGAAAACCCACUCAUUUUAAUGAAAAAUACAUAUAAUUUAAAAUAUAAUGUCAAAGUUAAAAGGAUGACUGAAAUGUAAGGUUAUCUGCAUAAAACGUGACAUUAGCAUUAGUUUGCACAUCGGUUGGGAGUCAAAAAGCUUAAAAUGCCAUGUAAGUGAGAAUGAUGUGUGCAAUAAUAAAGAGCGUGAUCUCUGUUACAUGUUGAAUUUUGUAUGUGGCAGUUUAAAUUCAAGAAAAGGUUGAGAAGAUUACUUAGUCUUUACCACGAGAGGAAGUGGUUUUCAUAGCAGGACCCAUAGUGAGACAGGAAGUGCUGCUGUUGUGACAGGAAAUUUAACCGUCACUGAACAAAACAAGCAGGUAUUUCGAUUAAACGACCAAUCUUGUUCAUAUUUAAUCAAUAAAAUGUAAUCUUGAUUAUGU